AUGAAAAAUCAGACAGCAUGUCAUGAGUUCUUGUUAUUUGGAUUUUCUGACCUUCCUGGUCUCCAGCUUCAUCUUUUUCUGAUGUUUCUGCUCCUCUAUGUGAUGACACUGACUGCGAACCUCACCAUCAUUGUACUGAUAUCUAGAGACCGGCACCUUCAUACCCCCAUGUACUUCUUCCUUGCUAACCUGGCUUGUAUAGACCUGUUGUGUUCCUCAGUCACAUCCCCACAGAUGCUGUAUAACUUACUGUCGAAGAGAUGGAGGAUUUCCAGAAUAUCUUGUGUAACCCAAGUUUUUUUCUUUAUCUUUUUUAUUGCAGCUGAAGUCUUCUUGCUUGCUGUAAUGUCAUGUGACCGGUAUAUUGCAAUAUGUCGUCCUCUGCAUUACAUGCAAAUUAUGCACAGGAAGAUCUGUGCCCAGCUGGCAUCAGGGGUAUGGACACUUGGCAUGAUCUAUUCCUUAGUGCAUUCCCUUUAUACAAUGAGACUAUCCUUUUGUGGCUCAGUCACUAUACACAGUUUCUUUUGUGACCUACCUCAGCUGUUCCAGAUCACCUGCACUGACACUUUUAUUAAUAUUGUGGUCUUCUUUGUUGCAGGGUCACCUCUUGGUCUAUUUACAUUUGUUAUAACCUUUAUCCCAUAUGUUAGUAUCUUUAGUACAGUGAUAAAAAUUCAUGGAAAAAACACAAGACUGAAAGCUUUCUCCACCUGCACCUCUCAUCUUACUGUGGCCUCUAUAUUUUAUGGAACUCUUGUUUUUAAUUAUUUUCGCCCCAACACAAGUUAUCAUUUGGAAGAGGAGAGGUCCCUAUCUGUGUGUUACACCGUGCUGACUCCUCUAGUAAAUCCUAUCAUCUACAGUUUAAGGAACCAGGAGCUUCAGGCUGCACUAAUCAGAAAUCUGCAUAAUAUGAAUUAA